AAAAAAUUGGUCCCGCCCGCCGACCGCCGCCGCGCCCCCUCUCCCGCCCGCCGCCCGCCGCCGCGCCCCCUCUCCCGCCGCCCGCCGGCCGCGCGCCUCCUCUCCCGCCCGCCGGCCGCGCGCCUCCUCUCCUGCCGGCCGCCGCCCCGCCUCUCCCGCCCGCCGGCCGCCGCCGCGACUCCUCUCCCGCCGCCUGCUCCAGAUCCGGUCAUCGUCGUCUCGGUCGUCGUUGUCGUCGUCCCGGUCUUCGUCGUAGUCGUCUCCUGCCGGGUCGUCAUCGUCGGGGCGGCGGGUUACGGGCCCACGGCUCUCCUCAGUGCCUCUCUCCUCGGGGCGUCCGUUCAGCCAUGGCGCCGCCGCCGCCGCAUCGACCCUACAAGCGCCCCGCCAUCUCCGACCAGCAGCGCCGCCGCGACCUCGCCCUCCAGGCCCAGUCUGCCCGCCGCGCUGACGCCCAGGCGCGCGCCCGCAGCCUCGCCAACUCCCUUCUGUCCCCGUCCUCUGCCGCUGCCGACACAGCAGUGGAGGGCGACAGCGAGCGCGAUCAUGAGCCCACCGUCGCCGAGGCCGCUUCCAAGCUUCGCGGCUCCGAUGCGCGCCGCUGGUUCGCCCGCCAGAUCAUGCUCCCGGAGUGGAUGGCUGACGCUCCUCCCCACCUCGCCACCGACUGGCAUGUUUUUGCCAGACCUGCCGGGAAACGGUGCUUGGUCGUCUCUUGCAACGGCAUCACCAUUAGCAGGCUCCGAAAUGGAUCCAUUCUCCACCGAUUCCCUUCCGCUCUUCCAAAUGGAUCAAAGAGAGACAUCUCCGGACCAGCAAGUUCCUAUUCCAUCCUUGAUUGCAUCUUUCAUGAGCCUGAUGAAACAUAUUACAUCAUUGAUAUGAUCUGUUGGAGAGGCUACUCCUUGUACGACUGCACCGCUGAGUUUAGGUUCUUUUGGGUGAAUUCUAAGCUCAUGGAGACCACUGCUGGUGAUCCUCCAUCAACGUACCAUCGCUACAGAUUCAGUGCUGUCCCUAUAUACGAGUGCACGCUUCAGGGUCUUCAAGCAGCAUACUCAGGAAGCACACCAUAUGUGAAAGAUGGCUUGCUGUUUUACAACAAGCAUGCACAUUAUCUAGCUGGUAUCACACCCCUUGCACUGGUCUGGAAAGAUGAGGCUUGUAGUCAAUAUGUUAUUGACACAGAUAGCAAGGGACAAGUCCCAAGUGAGCAGCAUAUUGUGCUGGAUCUGCAAGAGGAUGGAAAGCUUACUACUUCUGAUGAUCCUCCAGUUGUCUUUGGUAGCUUGGACAAUGAAUUCAUUCAGAAGUCAAACCUGCGGCCAGGGAAUCUUCUUCGCUUUGCUGUCAAAGAUGAAAGAGUGAAACUUGUGGAUGGAAAGAUGGAGAUUAGUGAGCUUCAAUUUGUUGGAAAGCCGAAUCGUGCUCGUGCUUUUGCUGACAGCCACUCGAAAGCUUUGUUCCAGUACGCUGCUAGGCAUGCUCCUCUGAGAAUUGAGGAUCUCGUUGCCUCGAUUCAGUCAAACAAUAUGGAGCUUGAAUCUACGGAUGUUGAAAUGCAAGGUUGAUGGGAGGGAAUUAAUGAUUCGUCAUCAGAUCAGACAAGGAGGAUACAUGUGCUAAUUUUACUGGAUUCAGUAAGACAUGGACGGUCUUUAUGCAGGAAAAGGAACAAAUGUAAAGUAGUAGUAUAUGCAUCUGAAAUUGUUGUUCCAGGUUUGGAUGGAAUGGGAGCAUGAUAGUAUUAGCUUGAUUGGGACUAUUACACAUUUAUUUACACCCCAGAUUGUCUUGCCUUAAACCUAACCAAACCAUUUGCUAACUGUGCUGCUAG